GCUGGGGGAGGCGGCGAUUCCGGCCGAGGGCUGCGGGUUGAGGGGCCGGCCUGGAGCGCCAUGAGUAGCCCGGAUGCGGGGUACGCCAGUGACGACCAGAGCCAGACCCGGAGUGCGCUGCCCACGGUGAUGGCCGGGCUAGGCCCCUGCACAUGGGCCGAGUCGCUGAACCCCCUUGGGGACAUGAAGGUGAAGGGCGAGGUGGCGACGGGUAGCGGCGCGCCAGCCGGGGCCUCGGGCAGGACUAAGGGGGAGUCUCGUAUUCGGCGACCCAUGAACGCCUUCAUGGUGUGGGCGAAGGACGAACGUAAACGCCUGGCGCAGCAGAACCCAGACCUCCAUAACGCGGAGCUGAGCAAGAUGCUAGGCAAAUCAUGGAAGGCGCUGACACUGGCAGAGAAGCGGCCCUUCGUGGAGGAGGCAGAGAGGCUGCGCGUGCAGCACAUGCAGGACCAUCCCAACUACAAGUACCGCCCGCGGCGCCGCAAGCAGGUGAAGCGGUUGAAGAGGGUGGAGGGCGGCUUCCUGCAUGGCCUACCAGAGCCACCGGCCGCCGUACUGGGACCUGAGGGCGGCCGCGGGAGCAUGGACGGCCUGGGCCUUUCCUUCGCGGAACAGGGCUUCCCUCCCGGCCCGCCGCUACUGCCCCCGCACUUAGGCGGCCACUAUCGCGACUGCCAGGGCCUGGGCGCGCCCCAGCUCGACAGCUACCCGCUGCCCACGCCCGACACGUCCCCGCUGGACGGCGUGGAGCCUGACCCGGCCUUCUUCGCUGCCGCGCUUCCCGCGGACUGCCCGGCGGCCUCGGGCGCCUACAAUUAUCCUCAGGCCUCGGACUACGGGGGGCCCCUAGAGCCGCCUACUGGUCCUCUGCACCCCCGGCUCGGCCCUGAUCCCGCCAGCCCUGCGCUGUCGGGCCUCCUGGCGCCCCCCAGCGCCCUGCACAUGUACUAUGGUGCCUUGGGCUCGCCGGCGGCGGCGGGCGGCGCGCGCUGCUUUCAGAUGCAGCAGCCUCAGCACCCACCCGGGCCCGGGCAGCCGUCGCCCCCUCCCGAUGCGCUACCCUGCCGGGACGGCACGGACCCAAACCAGCCCACCGAGCUCCUCGGGGAGGUAGACCGCACGGAGUUUGAACAGUAUCUGCACUUCGUGUGCAAGCCCGAGAUGGGCCUCCCUUAUCAGGGGCAUGACUCUAGUGUGAAUCUGCCGGACAGUCACGGGGCCCUCUCCUCAGUGGUGUCCGAUGCCAGUUCUGCGGUAUAUUACUGCAAUUAUCCUGACGUUUGA